AUGUCUGCCAUUUUUGACUUCUUUUGGGGCUGGCGUAAAGCUUCAAAGUGUAAAAGACUUAUCAAACAGUUACAGUGCCGGCUUAAGGUAGUAAAGAACAAGAGACAUGCAAUAGUCAGACAAUCACGUAGUGACUUAGCUCAGCUUAUUAAGACUGGCCAUCAAAAAAAUACUGCCUUUAUUCGUCGGGUUGAGCAGUUGAUCAAAGAUGAAGCAGUAAAUGCAGCUUAUGAAUUGCUGGAAUGUUUUUGUGACUUUAUUCUCGUCCAAUUCUCAUACAUUCGAAAGACUAAAGACUGUCCAAAUGAUAUUCAUGAAGCAAUUUCUAGUCUCAUAUAUGCCUCUCCAUGGUGUGGUGAUCUACCUGAGCUUCUGCUGAUUCGAAGGCUCUUCGCAAAGCGAUAUGGACAGAAUUUUGCAACAGUUGCUCUUGAAUUGUCUCCUGGGAAUCAUGUUAACCUUCAGGUGAAGGAAAAACUUUCCACACUGUCAAUUUCUGAGGACAUGAAGCAAAAAUUGGUGAAUGAAAUUGUCAAGGAGUAUUGCCUCACACCAGAUAUUUUAGCACUUGAUUACUAUUAUGAUUGGGCAGAACAGAAGAUGAAGCUAACAAGCAGUGAAGACAAAGCAUUGACUACAGAUGUUCCAACUUCUUAUCAUGGCAUAUCUGAAGAAAGAUCAGAAUUGCAUACUUCAAAGCCUUUGCAAGAUCUAAGUUUAUCCGGUUCUUCUGUUACUUCAGAACAGAAGGUGUUGCCAUCCAUUUCAGAGUCUCAAGCAGAGAAAGAACAUAUUUCUUGUGGAGAUUCUCAACAAGGGAAAGGAAAUCUUUUGGAGAUGAACAAGGAAGAGAGAAUUGUUACAUCUUCUUCUUCUUCUUCAGAAAGUUUGCCAAAAGUUCAUGAUGAAAUGUUAGUUUAUUUGGAUGACAUUGAAGAGUUUCAGUCUUCAACUCCAAAUGAUGAAGAUUCUCAGGACCAAAGACUGUUCAAAUUCAAGGACAGUUCUCUUAAUGAAUCUGAUCAAUUGGGGAACAAAAAGGUUAAGUCAAGCUUAAGAGAUUCUGAGAGAAGUAUUAGUGUCUCUAGUAAGAAAAGAACAAGGAGAAGAUUGGUGUUUCAUGAAAAUCAAACCAUAGAAGAUAAUGAAUGCCUUAGUUACUAUGGUGAGCAACCAUCAAAUAACCAAAGAUCAUAUCAUCACCAGCAAAUAAAACAACACAAGAAAACUUCAACUGAUUAUGAAGGUGAUAAUAGACCAAACCAAUUUUACAACUCAGAAAUGGAGUUUACUUCUUUGUCAAGAAACCGUAGAUGUUAUCCGAAAAGACCUGAAUGUUGUUGCAGCUGCUGCUGCUGCUGCAACCACAGAACUAGACAUAGCUGCAGCAGCUUGGAAAGUCCAUGCUAUUUUUUCGCCGAUGAUGACAACGAUAUUUACGAAGCUCCAUCAUUCAGGAAGCGAAACAAUGUGUCCAGGAGUCAUUAUUAUAGCAGAGAGCAUAUGUUCACGAAUGGAGAAGAACUGAAUGUAGAAGUGGAGAUUCAAGAAAGGCCUAAUAAGGAUAUUUCCAAUGAAGACUUUCAAGGGUGUAAUACUUUCCCUAUUCAAACACCCAAGCAUGUUCAUCCAAAGCUGCCAGACUAUGAUGUUAUAGCCGCUAAAUUCAUGGCUCUCAAGAAAGAGAAGAGCUGCCAUUGACCUUAUUCUGAGUGACAAACAAGGAUGCAACAAUUUUUUUUCCUAACAUUUUUUUCUUUUCUUUUGAGGGAUAAUUAAUGCUGAUCAUAAGAUGGUUUGUGUGUUGAGUUUAUAACAUUCAUUCUUUGUAAUUGUAUCACAUAAUUGUGUACAUACAGAUAUAUAUAAUGAUGUUGUUCUUUCUCAAUAUUUGAAUAUGGGUGAAGAAAAAAAAAACCUAAUUGAGCCCCGAGGAAAAAAAUUAGUUAGACUAUCUCUAACGGUAACACCAAUUUAAUAUAAGAUUUUUUUUUUACAGUAACACUUCUAAUAAUUCACACUAAAUAUACAACUAAAUAAAUAUAUUUUACUUACAAUAUCUCGCCUUUUAUAUUAUUUAUAUAAAUAACCUAAAAUGGUUAAUUUAAAAUUUUAAAUUAAUUUAAUAAAAUAAAAUAUUUAUUUAAUCAAUUGAAUACUACACAUUUUUUUUUAAAAAAAAAAAUAAUUAAAGGAUUUAAAUUUUAUAAU